CAUAUGGAUGAUAUGCAAUUUCCUUGGUUCAACAUACAUGAUCAUGGUCAUGAUCAGCAAGAACAACAAAGUUUCGAUUUCGAUUCUGAUGACAUGUUCUUGAAUCAAAUCCACCAAUUGUCAUCUACUACUAAUUGGGCUAAUGGCUUGCAAGAUAUCAUCAGCAAGAAUUUAGUUCCCACUACUACUACCAUAACGAGUACUACUACGGCUUCUUUUGAAUGCUUACUUUCUUGCACAAAUAGUAGUACUAUCGAUGACACGUCAGAUGGGAUGCCGCCCGUGGUUUUCUCAGAUGACAAGAGUUUAUGGCGUAACGUCGACGACAACAUUAAUGUUGUGACCAGAAAUAAUAACGUUAGUAGUGGUGUGUCGUCUGGUGAUUCCGUCACGGAUGAUGGUGUUCUUUCUCAAUCUCUCCAACAGAUUAACCAAGUUGAAUGUUCAUCCGGGAAUAAACGACGGAUAGAGAGGAUUGGGGUAAUUUCAGCUGAGAACCUACCAAGACCGAAAAGAUCUAGAUCGGAUCCAGGCCAACCGACCUCAUCAACUAUAAACUUCCAACAACCCGGUAAUCCAUCAGAAACCGACACAGAAGCAAUAGCACAAAUGAAGGAAAUGAUCUAUAGAGAAGCAGCAUUCCGGCCUGUGAGUUUCGCAGUAGAGACAGUGGUGGAUAAACCUAAACGAAAGAAUGUAAGGAUAUCGAGUGAUCCCCAAACCGUGGCGGCUAGGGAAAGAAGGGAAAGGAUAAGUGAAAGGAUUAGAGUUUUGCAAAAACUUGUCCCUGGUGGAAACAAAAUGGACACAGCAUCUAUGCUUGAUGAGGCUGCAAAUUAUCUCAAGUUUUUGAGGUCACAAGUGAAGGCAUUGGAACAAGCAGGGCAAAAUAGUACACAAAUCAUCCCUCAUCAUGCUUCAAUGGUUGCACCUUUCACUCAAAACAUUUUUUCCAUGCAACCUCAUUUUCAAUAUCCUCAUGAAAACUUGUACCCCAAUCCACCACCAGCAUGAGCUAUAAUUAUGCAAAGUACUAUAGCUAGAUUUUUAAAUUUUUUUUUUU